AUGGAAGACGCCGAGUGCCCCCUCGAGGGGAGUCUGCUUGAGUUGAUUCAAACGCCUUCUUUGAAAUGGAUUUUCGUGGGGGGCAAGGGCGGUGUUGGGAAGACGACCACUAGCUGCGCUAUCGCAGCCAAACUCGCCGAGCAGCGAGAAUCGGUGUUGCUGCUCUCCACCGACCCUGCACACAAUUUGAGCGAUGCCUUGACGCAGAAGUUCAGCAGCACGCCGUCCCUCGUGAAUGGCUUUUCCAACCUUUACGCCAUGGAAAUCGAUGCGCGUCAACAUGAAGCCACCGAUUUUCGCCUGGCAGACUCCAAAGACGCACAGGCGCUUGCGCAGCUUCUCCCCGAUCUUCUGCAAGCGGUGCCUGGCAUCGACGAAGCUCUCUCCUUCGCUGAGCUCAUGCAGUGA